GGAAACGCAAGCUCCUGUGCCGAGUUACUCACACGAGAAACGACCACGAAACGCCCGUGCGUGGUGCGAGGUGAAAGACCGCGGACGAUCGAGACGUCCCCCCGAACACUCCCGAAGGCGACGCCACCGCGAUGGCGUCCGCCGACAUAUCGACCGCCAGCAGCCAGAUCUCCGCCUUGCCAGUCGAAGAACACAAGCGUAUCGUCGACGAGUCGCUCCUCACCAAAAUGAAGAGCCUCGUCGAAAGGAUAAGGCUGGAGAACACGACCUUGAAGAAGUCGCUCGACAUCGAGCGGAGCGAAGUCAGAGCACUUAAAGCCCGUUAUGACAGCGCUCUCAGGAAUCUAAAGACUGAACACAGGAAGCGAGAAGAGUUCUUAGAAAAACAGUUGAGAACCAUCGCUAGGCCCCACAAACAGACGGACGAUGCACAGUCCGCUUGUGGCAGACUCACAGACGUCAAAAGAUUAACAACAGAGGUUCAGUCUUUAAAAGCAGCUUAUAAGGGUCUUCAAGAAAAACUUAAGGUCGCACAAUCGGCGGAGUGCGCACGUGCGGCUGAGCUCAGGGCCCAGGCGGUGAGACACGCGGCUCUGGAGCAAGCCGCACGAAGGGAUGCACGUGCGCAAUGCCAUAAACUGCUGGAGGAAAUCAAAUCGAAGGAGCGGACAAUAGCACUGCUGAAACGAGAGGCGGCAAAAUCGACCGCGCAACAAAACGAUCAGGCGCAGAGAAUGGAGUGCGGAGCCAAUGAAUUCACCAGGAAACUGCGUGUUGAUCAGGGAAAAGAAAAGAGUAAUCGUGAAGAUCUAAAAACGGAUAUUCAACACAGGAAAGAAACGUUUUACAGGGAGGCUCCUUCAGACGAAGAUUCGGCGGUAUCGUCCGCGCCCGCCUCUCUCUCACCGCAACCACUUAACGAUAUGUGGUCAUGCGGGCAGUGCCGUUUGUCCGUCGAGCGCGCCACAGCCGCCGCUCGCGAGUGCACCAGGCUAGAGGACGCGCUCAGAGACGCGCGAGACCAGCUCGAGCUCAUGGAGUUCCGCCUGCUGGAGUUGGAGGACGCGCAUCCCGACAAGGGUGCUAGGGAUAACCUAACAGACUCAGAUUCGGGUUGCGUGUCUCCCGGGUCCCGAAUUAAGGAUUCUGCGUCGCCUGAACUCAAACGAAUGGAUUCCGGGUACAAAUCACCCCACGCUCCAAGCAGUCCCUGUAACCCGCGGCGACAUUUGGGCUCCCACGACGAUUUCAAAGAAGACUUCGCCAAAGCCCAAGUUCUCGCAGAUAUCUUAGAUCGAAACUCCGAAGCGACUAGUGAUUCGUUGAGAAGUAAUCCGGUUAAGGAGCACCUCGAACAAAUGAUAUUGAACGCUGCAUCCGCCGAGGACAGGGGCUGUCUGGAGCAAGUCUUAAUGCUGCUAUACAACCUUCAAGCUUUGAGCAGCUCAGUCAGCGAAGAUGAGUGCUUUCAGGCAAAACCGAAACGACUAUGCGACCUAAGAGUUAACGCAGACAUUCCGGCGCACAAAACUCACAAAGCGAUCGCAACGGUCACACCGUACCAACAGAAGGGCUACAAAUGCGAAUCCCUGGAGAGCCUUAGCGAGGACAGGAAGCCGAUAAACGUUUUGCAGGAGAGCGGCAUCUUCGAAGGAGUCGAAACAGAAACGAGAAGCACACAGACGGACGUUAACGAAAACUUUGAAUGCACCGGUGAACUGAACACUGAAAUUCAACGACUGAAUAGUAUUAGGGAGAAACUUGAGAGGCAAGCUAGAAAUAAGACGAUAAGUGUGAAAGACGAUGGCGAGGGCCUGGAGUGUAGAUGCGUGAAGCUGGGGAAGAAGCACAAGCAGUAUUACGAGAGGAGGCUUAAGUUCUUGGAGGGAAAGAUCUCUAUUUACGAGGCGGCUCAAGACGUCAAAGAAUCUAAGCUCGCCCAGAGGCUGCAAAAGGAGUUUCUGCUAGAAAAUAAGAUUGAGGAAUUGGAAACGCAAUUAGCGGACCUUCAAGAGAAAUAUGAGAGGCUAGAAGAGGAUUGUUGUGAGUUGGAAGAAAUUGAGAACGAUACGCGCUUGCAUUGGCAGCAGCUGGAGAUGGACUACGAACUGUGCUCGGCGCAGCUCAGAGACAUGACGGAGCAACGGGAAUGUUCGAGGGCCCAGGCCGAGCGACUCAUGGCGGAGCUCAGCAACAGGGAAUGUGCGCUCAAGGCCAGAGAGAACGAGCUGGUGUCGCGGCUGGACAAGCUGGAGAAGGCCGUCCCGGCGCUGAUAGCGUGGAACGUGCUGCAAGUCAUCGGGGCUAGUGUGUCGGCGGGGGGCCAGCGAGCGUUAAUGAACCGAAUGGGCCCGUACAACCAGAACACGAAGCUGGUCAUAGCUCAAAUCAAGCAGGAGUCUAAGAAGGGCGGCUGCGGAGCCCUGGUCGCGUGGGGCGAGCCCCCCGCCGCACCCCCACCGCGCCGCGCCGAGCUUCAAGAACAGCUCACCAAGUUACUAUCAGAGAAGAACGAGAUAGAAAAGCGAUCGUCACAAGUCCAGAACAAUUUAGAGAGGAAGAUACGGGAGUUAGAGGAAGAACUUGAGACCGCCAGGAGACAGGUAGCGGCCGCCGCAUGUGGGGCUGAAGUCAAGAAGGAAAACAUCGAAGGGAAGAUUGAGGACUUGGAACAGAAAAUACGAAAGGAGAAGGAAGACGAAAAGCUCCCAGUUGAUCCGACGAUGGGCAGCAAGAUUCGGGCGUUGCUGAUCAGCGAACAAGACUUGAAGAGCAGAGUGGCGGAGCUGGAGAGGCGGGAGACUGCGUAUCUGGAGAUGCUGACGCAAGCAGACGACAUGUGGGCCGAAAUGGAGGGCGGGUACAAGAAGAAGAUUGAAGAGUCGCAGGCCGCGGAGACGCAGUUGAAAGGAAAGAUUAAAAAACUCGAAUCAGAAAGAGACGAAUGGAAGAAGUACUUCGAGCCUAUAAAGCAGAAGCUUCGUGAAGUGGAAGAGAGCGAGUCCGGCCUGCGCAUCGCCCUGGAGAAGGCGGAGCGGGACGGCCGGGCCCUCGCCGCACAGAACCACAACCUCACGGCCAUGUUCGGCAGGGCUGACGCUGAAGCCAAGAAAGCUGAGGCGGCCUUCAAAACCCUCGAAACUAAGUUCAAAAAGGAGAUAGAGCAGCUGCGCAGGAUCAACAAGCAAGUCGACGAAGAGCUGAAGGCUCAGAGGGACCUGUCGAAGAAAACGGAGCUCGGCUUCAUUGGAGACCUGGAGUGCAUCAGGAAGGAGCUCAGCAGAGCCUGCAAGAACAACCAGGAGCUGGAGGUCACCACCAGCGAGCUGAAGGAGGAGGUCGAAUCUCUGGAGAGACAGUUAGCUUUGACGCAGAAAGCGUUAACUCAAUGCAAGAGGAAGUGCGACGAGAGGAUCAAGAGGAUGAGCCACGAGCUGUCCAUCAAGACUGAGGAGUUGGAGGAGCUGCGGAGCGAAACCCUGAGGCAGUCGUAUCGCGCGGCGCGGCCAGAGCUGCGGCCAGAGCGCACUGAGUACGUGGACGAGGGUCACGCCCCCCGGGGGGCGGCGCUCCCGCAGAUGCACCACAGCAUGAGCUACAUCACAUCAGACUCACGCUGCUCGUGCCCCUUCAUGAGGAGCCAGCUGGUCGGCCAGCUCAUCGAGGACCUGUUCGAGCGGCUGCACGAGAGGGGCGACGAGGACCUGGCGCGCCUCUGCCGGGACCUCGCGCCCACGGAGGGCCGGGAGGAAGUCACAAACGAAACCAAAGCGAAAAUCACGAAUUACCUCCUAAUGGCUAUCUCUAAGGAGCUCGUUCGGUCCAUCGGAGACGCAGACGCUAAGACCGAAACUGAGGAGUGGCGGCGCUCCGUACGCGCGUCGCUGGGCCAGUGCGGCGGGCUGACGCGCGGCAACGCGGGCGUGCUGCAGGGCGCGGCGCGGCUCGCGUCCGUCACGUGCGCAUGCGCAGCCGCCGCGCUGUGCGCCGCCGCACCGCGACUGGCCGACGCCGUCAACACCUGUCAACAGGAAGUACUGGAUCACGGUGAUGUUAAAAUAAUGGAAGAACAAUUGGCGAACGCAAUCGAAAGCAUUGUUAAUUGUCCAUCUUGUGCAUUGGGUACAAAUGCGAUAAUUUGGAGCACGGACGUCUGACGCCGCCAUGCGUUCGAUUAAAUAAGUAAUACCUCCACCGACCUCACUCUGGUGCCUUCAUUAGUUAAGCCGUUAGUUUAUACGAACUGUAAAUACAAUUUGUAUAUUAAUUAAGGAUAAUACUCUUUUUUUGAAUACUAAGUAUAAAAUAAUCGAAACAUUGUCGAACAAGUGUACCUAUCGAGUAGUGUUAUAUAGUCUGUGCAUGGUUUUCGAACUUUUUGUUGUCUGUGCCAAUUGUUUUUUUUUUGUAAACUGGCUUGCAAUUUCAUUUCCCAUAUUUUUUAUAUAUAACAUUGUAAUGUUAAGGUUACGUAGAGUUUUAUCUAGAUAAAUAUGUCUGGACAUAAAUAGAUGACAUCAUACAUAAUAAAAUAUAUAUACAUACUCAUUGUUUGUUUCAAAUAAAUAUUUGCAAGUCAGCUAGUGUUGUGUACGUACGUAUUAAUUACUUAUUUCGAAGUAUCGAAUAAUAGAACAAGUCAUUCACAAAAUAUCGAUAACAUUAAUAAUUGAUAAAUGUUAAACGUAAUAAUAAAAUGUUUUUUAUUAUUAAUUUACGAAACAUGAAUAAAUUGAUGAAUUAAAAUCAU